AUGAAUAAGAAGAGUGCAGCAUUUAAAGAACUUUCUGUAAACAACAAAAAUAACCUGAAGAAAAAGGAUGUUUUAUUACCUUUCUUCCCACCAUCUUCAGGAGGUUUUACAGUAUCUCUCCCACCAGAGUCAGAUGACGAAGAUCUGAUGUCAGAGAACAUGCCUGAGGGAAAGUCUAAUUAUGAGCAGAACGAUUACAGACAACAGGACAAGCAGGCAGCAGAACAUACCUUGUGCAACCAAUAUGAGGAAAAGAUCCGGCCCCGCAUUGAUCUUGUCGACAGCCUAAGAGCUCUUGGAAUAGAAAAAGACCUGGCUUUGCCUGCAAUUGCAGUAAUUGGAGACCAGAGCUCUGGGAAAAGCUCUGUCCUAGAAGCCCUGUCUGGUAUUGCUCUUCCUAGAGGCAAUGGUAUCGUUACUCGAUGUCCCUUGGAACUGAAACUGAAAAGAGUAAGUGCCACCCAGAAAUGGAAAGGGAAACUUCAUUACCGAAACAAGAGCGUAUUGCUCCACGAUGCCUCUGAGGUGGAGCAAGCAAUAAGAGAAGCCCAGGAUGUUGUGGCUGGAACUAGAGGUGCCAUUAGUGGAGAGCUAAUUUCCCUAGAAAUUCAGUCUCCAGAUGUCCCAGAUCUGACACUAAUUGAUCUUCCUGGAAUUGCCAGAGUGGCAGUGGGGGAUCAGCCAAAAGACAUUGGGGCACAGAUCAAAAUGCUACUAAGAAGAAGUAUUGACUGCAAAGAGACACUCAAUUUGGUAGUAGUGCCAUGUAAUGUGGAUAUUGCAACGACAGAAGCACUGAAAAUGGCUCAAGAGGUAGACCCCAGUGGAGAAAGGACACUAGGGAUCCUCACAAAACCCGACCUAGUGGACAGAGGAACUGAAGAGACUGUCAUCGACAUAAUGAACAACAGGGCCAUCCCACUGAAAAAAGGCUACAUGAUUGUGAAGUGUCGUGGGCAACAGGACAUCCAAAACAACCUGGCCUUGUCUGAUGCAAUCGAGCAGGAGAAGAAAUUCUUUGAGACUCACAAACAUUUCAGCAUUCUUAUGAAAGAAGGAAAGGCUACUAUCCCUCAUCUGGCAGAAAGGCUCACAGAUGAACUUGUGGGACAUAUUACUAAAACUUUGCCAACACUAAAGAAACAAAUACGUGAAGUACGCAGAAAAACAAUACAGGAUCUACAAAAGUAUGGAAAAGGCACACCUGAAACAGAGUCUGAGAAGAUAAUGUUCCUCACAGAUCUGAUCAAACUCUUUAAUCAAGACAUCUGUCAGACAAUGCAUGGAGAGGAACAGGUGUUUGAAAAUGAAGUCAGACUGUAUGCAAAAAUCCGUAGAGAGUUCCAAACAUGGGAAGUGACUCUCCUAGAGUGUGCUGAAAAGGUUAAAAGAACAGUACCAAGUAAAGUGUGGAAAUAUGAAGACCAGUAUCGUGGACGGGAGUUUCCAGGCUUUAUCAAUUACAAGACAUUUGAAGACAUUAUAAAAGAGCAAAUCAUAGAACUGGAGGAGCCGGCCGUUGAGAUACUGAACCACGUGAUCCAACUGGUUGAAGAUAAAUUCAUGGAACUCACUAAAAGGCAUUUCAUUGAUUUCCACAAUCUACAUGAAGUAGUUAUGAACAAAAUUGAAGAGAUUAGAGAGAAACAAGCCGAGGUGGCUGAAAGAUAUAUCCGGACCCAGUUUAAAAUGGAAAGAAUUGUAUACUGCCAGGAUGAACAUUACAUUAAUGAUUUAAACUUUGCUAAGGCUGAAAACGCUUUCAAAGAUGGCAAUGGGAAAGCCGGUCGCGUUGGAUCUGUUUCAAAUCAAGACCCCUCCUUUGUCCAGGAAAUGGUUUGUCAUACAAAGGCCUAUUUCAAUGGAGCAAGUAAACGCCUCUCCAAUCAGAUACCACUCAUCAUCCUGUCUUCUGCCUUUCAUGAUUUUGGGGAUAACUUACAGAUCUCAAUGUUGCAUCUUUUGCAAGAGAAAGACAAGUUAAGCCAUCUCCUUCAGGAGGACAGUGAAGCUGCUAAACAAAGGAAAUACCUCAGUGAACGAGUUACUCGACUCACCAAAGCCUGCCAGCACCUGAGAGAAUUCACUUGGGUUAUUGCAUUGGUGGGUAAGGGAAGCACAGCUGACAUUGCCCACCUGGACUCGUCCAAAGCAUUUGACACUGUCCUGCGUGACAUCCUGGUCUCUAAAUUGGAGACCUAG